UUAUUAGUUGACCUUGAAAAAUAUAUUAUUCUGAUUCGUUUUGUAAAGAUGGCUUUCAAGAAUUCAUCAACUCGUUACAACUUCAGAAUCUAACAUUACCACAUGUUCAAUCACUAGUCAUGAUAUUUCUAAGAACCUUUCCAAACUUUGCCGUUGAUACCACCGGACGUGGUAAAGCCAGUUAAGCGCAAGCGUUGAUACUAUCGUGCUUUUUGUUCAAAAUCUGGUAGGAGGAAUGCUUUACACUAUAAAUGGUAUCAGAAAAGGCUGACUCCAUGCCAUGGGAGAGACUAGAGUCCAAAGCCCUCCUAGUUAACAAAAAAAAAACUCUGCCGUUGAUAUAAUUGACACGGUUCGCUUAUAUAAGCACGAUUUGUUUUACUCCUUUUUUGACGUCCCCUUCAAAUAAUUGAUCAACCAAUUAACAAACUAGUUUCGUUAUUUUUGAUAAAAACUAACACACACAAUUACAUUGUUUAAGAUACUUAAGAUAGUACCGUCAAAAUAAUAAUAAUAAACAUCUCAGAGACCACCGUAAUGAUCUCGCGACUACGACAUGAUUGACGUCCUAAAAAAUAUAUUAAUUAUUGAAAAAAGGAAAUGAUCAAGAAUCAAGAUCAUUAGUAUUCUGUUACGCACGUUUUGAAGGCGAGGAAGACGAAAGUCUGCUUGUUUUUCUCUCUUUCUCAUCAUCAUAUCACACCACGUACCAUUUCAAGAUCCAGAUUUUGAUUUUCAGACAAAAGUGUAACUCGACAUGGGAACGUUCACGAGCUUACGCAAAGCCUAUGGAGCCCUCAAGGAUUCCACCACCGUUGGUCUCGCUAAGGUCAACAGCGAAUUCAAGGAUCUAGACAUCGCGAUCGUAAAGGCAACCAAUCAUGUAGAGUCUCCUCCCAAAGAACGUCACGUUCGUAAGAUAUUCUCCGCGACAUCUGUGAUACAACCACGAGCAGAUAUUGCUUACUGCAUUCAUGCAUUGUCUAAGAGAUUAUCCAGAACUCGCACUUGGGUUGUAGCAAUGAAAGUGUUAAUAGUCAUUCACAGAACGUUAAGAGAAGGUGAUCCUACGUUCAGAGAAGAGCUUCUAAACUACUCUCACAGAAGACACAUUCUCAGAAUCUCCAACUUCAAAGACGACACAAGUCCUCGUGCUUGGGAUUGCUCUGCUUGGGUUAGAACAUACGCACUCUUUCUUGAAGAGCGGCUUGAGUGUUAUCGCGUCUUAAAGUAUGAUAUAGAGGCAGAGCGUUUGCCAAAAGCUUCAGGUGCAGCUUCCAAGACGCAUAGGACAAGGAUGUUGUCUGGUGAAGAUCUGUUAGAACAGUUACCUGCGUUGCAACAGCUUCUUUUCCGGCUUAUCGGAUGUCAACCUGAAGGAGCAGCUUAUAGCAACUAUCUAAUCCAGUAUGCUCUUGCAUUGGUGCUUAAAGAAAGCUUCAAAAUCUAUUGUGCUAUCAAUGAUGGAAUCAUUAACCUUGUAGACAUGUUCUUUGAGAUGACAAGACAUGAUGCAGUGAAAGCUCUAAACAUAUACAAACGAGCUGGUCAACAAGCUGAAAAUCUAGCUGAGUUUUAUGAUUACUGCAAAGGGCUAGAGCUAGCAAGGAACUUUCAGUUCCCAACAUUAAGACAGCCUCCUCCAUCGUUUCUUGCAACAAUGGAAGAGUACAUUAAAGAAGCGCCUCAAAGUGGUUCUGUACAGAAAAAACUGGAGUAUGAGGAAAAAGAGGAGGAACAAGAACCACAAGAAGAAGUACAGCCUGAAGAACCCGAAGAAGAUGAAAACCAAAACAAGAACACCAAAAAUGGUCAGCCGCUUAUCAAAGAAGAGCAAGAGGAGCCUCAAGAGGAGAAAGCAGAGGAAGAAGCUGAACCUUCACCGUUGAUAGACACUGAUGAUUUACUAGGUCUAAAUGAAAUAAACCCUCAAGCCGCAGAGAUAGAAGAAAAAAAUGCAUUGGCUCUUGCAAUAUAUCCACCAGGACAUAAAACUUCAGGCCCAUCUAAUAGUCUAAGCUUAAUAGAAGCUGGAGGAAGUGGUUGGGAACUUGCAUUAGUCACACCACAGAACAACAACAACAACAAUAACAAUAACCCUCGUCCUACAAUAGCAACAAAACUAGGUGGAGGAUUUGACAACCUUCUGCUAGAUAGUCUCUACGAAGACGACACAGCGAGAAGGCAGAUCCAAUUAACCAAUGCUGGUUAUGGAUUUGGAGCCACUGCAACAACUGGAGAACCAGCAUCAUUGAACCCGAACCCGUUUGGGAUGCAACAAGAUCCUUUUGCAAUGUCUAAUAACAUGGUUCCACCAACCAAUGUUCAAAUGGCAAUGCAACAGCAGCAAAUGAUGAUGAUGAAUAAUCAAAAUCCAUAUACAAACAACAACUAUUCACUUUAUCAUCAGCAAAAUCAUCACUUCUCAUCAAAUCCUUCACCUUCUUCUUCUAACCCAUUUGGUGACGCUCUCCUUGCUCUUCCUGCUCCUCCUUCAUCUGCUACUCAGCAACAACACAACCAUCAUCAUAUGCUCCUUUAGGAAAAGCUAUCUAAAUAACUUGUCUCUUGUUUUUUUUAUUGUUAAUUUCGAUUAAAUCAGGUUAUAUAUUAUUAUUAUUCUUCGAUUAUUUACUAGUAUAAGACUCUUCUGCAUUGUUGGGAUAAUUUUCCUUUUUCUCCUUUAAUUUUGAUUUUUAUUUCAGCUUAAUAUUUGUAAUGCUUACUUCUCUUUUUUUUUUUAUAUAAAAGAUGUUCAGAAUAUAGAACCAGACAAAAAAAGAGGGAAAUUUAUAAUUAAAUGCACUCUUGACUUCUCUUGUCAUAAAACCGUUGAAAAUCCGUAAGGUUGAAGAAAGGCCAAAGAAACUCAAGUCUUUUAAACAACAAUUAUAGUUUUUUCAUAUUGUAAACUGUCUUCGUUUAACAUGAAUUAGGGUUCUUUUCAUCAUUGUCUCAGACAAGUCUGAGUUACAGAGUUGCGUCGUGUGUCUGUUCGUAAUCUAAUUUUUUCACCGGUGAACUCUUCAUCUCCUCAUCUUAAAUCGCUUGAUCUUAAAUGUUCCUGAUUUGUAGCAUUUCUGUAAAUCCUAUAUAUAUAUGAUUCUCAUCUUUGAUGAACCCAAUCUGCAUCUUCACAAAACUCAUUGAUUCCUCUUAGCUUUAACGAUAUUCUAAAAAAUGUCUCACUGUCUCUCCAGUUCCUCAAACCGGCGUUUCCGGCAUCCAUCACUCAACCUUCGAGUCUCUCCGUGUUGGUCAUAGUAGUCAGAGCAUAGCCUCUAACCUCCUUGCUUAUGGGAUUCUCUGAACUUCAAGAAAGAUAGUAAGUUUAUGGGAAUCACGGUUCUCUUUCUUGAUGAAAAAGUAAGUAAAUCUUCGAUUUAUCACACUUAUUUAAUAUAAUUAUUUUAAUUGAUUUUCUG